AUGAUUUUGUUAUUUCAGAAAGAUCCAGAUUACCUGAAGCUAUGGUUGGACACUUUUGUUUCUAGCUAUGAACAAUUUUUAGACGUUGACUUUGAAAAGCUGCCUACCAGGGUAGAUGAUAUGCCUCCAGGAAUAUCUCUGCUUCCUGAUAAUAUUCUGCAGGUUCUGAGGAUCCAGCUGCUACAGUGUGUUCAGAAAAUGGCAGAUGGGUUAGAGGAACAACAGCAAGCCUUGUCAAUUUUGCUUGUCAAGUUCUUCAUUAUUCUUUGCAGAAAUCUAUCAAAUGUGGAAGAAAUUGGGACUUGCUCGUACAUUAAUUAUGUCAUCACCAUGACAACGCUCUAUAUUCAGCAAGAUCUGGGAGAAGUGAAGGCUUUACCACUUUACUUAUAUCCAAGGGUUUCUCUUCAGUUUGAGUUCUUUCAUGUCAUCAAAGGGAACUGGAAAGUACGAAGCCUUAGUACUGUGGAAAAGAGCAGACAGAAAUAUAAACCAGCUUCUCUCACAGUGGAAUUCGUCCCUUUCUUUUAUCAAUGUUUUCAGGAAAGUGAACAUCUCAAGGAAAGUCUUAAAUGUUGCUUAUUGCAUCUUUUUGGAGCCAUUGUAGCCGGUGGGCAGAGGAAUGCUUUACAAGCAAUUUCUCCAGCCACUAUGGAAGUUCUUAUGCGAGUUUUGGCAGAUUGUGAUUCCUGGGAGGAUGGAGAUCCUGAAGAAGUGGGUAGGAAGGCAGAACUAACUCUGAAGUGCCUUACAGAAGUGGUACAUAUCCUUCUCAGUAGCAAUUCUGAUCAGCGUCAAGUGGAAACCAGUACUAUUCUGGAGAACUAUUUUAAAUUGCUAAAUUCAGAUCAUUCAGCUUUACCUAAUCAAAGAAGGUCCAGACAGUGGGAAAACCGAUUUAUUGCUCUACAGAUCAAAAUGCUGAAUACCAUCACAGCCAUGUUAGAUUGUACAGAUAGGCCUGUUCUUCAGGCCAUUUUUCUUAACAGCAAUUGCUUUGAACAUCUCAUACGACUGCUACAGAACUGCAAGGUGUUUCAGGGACAAUUGGAUUGUUUGGCCAUAUCAACCAUUCAGGCUUUGACAGCAGUAAUGAACAAAUCUCCAGCUGCUAAGGAAGUAUUUAAAGAAAGAAUUGGUUAUACACAUAUGUUUGAAGUAUUAAAAUCCCUGGGUCAGCCACCACUGGAAUUACUUAAAGAACUUAUGAAUAUGGCUGUAGAGGGUGACCACACUUCAGUUGGAAUUUUGGGCAUUAGUAAUGUCCAACCUCUCUUGCUUCUUAUCCAGUGGCUUCCAGAACUACAAUCCCAUGACCUGCAAAUCUUCAUCUCUGAUUGGCUGAAAAGAAUUUGUUGUAUUAAUAGACAGAGUCGAACUACUUGUGUCAAUGCAAACAUGGGGAUUAGAAUCAUUGAAACCCUUGACUCGCAUUCUUCCCUCCAUCAAACUUGUGCUGAGAACUUGAUUGCAAUCCAUGGUUCCUUGGGGAGUCAGUCAGUGAGCUCAGAAGAAAUCCGUCGACUACUAAGAUUGCUGAGAGUGGAUGAAUCUGAGUCUAUUCACCCUUAUAUCACUCCUGUGACUCGAGCAAUCCUGACAAUGGCUCGAAAACUAAGUCUAGAGAGUGCCCUCCAAUAUUUUGAUUUGUCACAUAGUAUGGCAGGAAUUUCUGUGCCUCCCAUACAGAAAUGGCCGGGGUCCGCCUUUUCUUUCAGUGCUUGGUUUUGCUUAGAUCAGGAUCAAUUGACUCUUGGCAUUGCUAACAAAGGAGGGAAAAGGAAACAAUUGUACAGUUUUUUUACAGGAAGUGGCAUGGGUUUUGAAGCCUUUAUUACCCAUUCAGGUAUGUUGGUUGUGGCAGUGUGCACAAAAAGAGAAUAUGCAACGGUUAUGCUUCCUGACCACAGUUUCUGUGAUUCCCUCUGGCACAACAUAACUAUUGUCCACAUGCCUGGAAAAAGGCCCUUUGGUCAGAGCUUCAUCUAUAUCUAUGACAAUGGACAACAGAAGGUUUCUGCCCCUCUCAGGUUUCCUGCCAUGAAUGAAUCCUUUACUUCCUGUUGCAUUGGUUCAGCUGGGCAAAGAACCACCACUCCUCCGCCAUCCCAAAUCCCAGAUCCACCUUUCUCUUCUCCCAUUACCCCUCAUCGGACUUCAUUUGGUGGAAUUCUGUCAUCAGCCUCCUGGGGAGGAACAAUUGAAAAAUCAAAAUUGAUUACCAAAUUGAUAUCAGCUGGAACCCAAGACAGUGAAUGGGGGUGUCCCACAUCUCUGGAGGGUCAGCUAGGAUCUGUUAUCAUCUUCUACGAAGCACUACAACCUCCUCAGGUGAAGGCAUUAUAUUUAGCAGGUAAGCAUGCCUGCAAAAAUUCAAUUUGUCUUGAUUUAUCUACUAAUUGUUUACAUGGAAGAUUAACAGGAAACAAAGUAGUGAACUGGGACAUUAAGGAUAUCAUAAACUGCAUAGGCGGGUUAAAUGUACUCUUUCCUUUAUUGGAACAAAUCAGCCACUUUAGUGAAGGACAGAUUCCUGAAGAAAAGAAUGAAAGCACCGUUCCUGAAUCAGUAACACCUGUUGAAGGAGAUUGGCUCGUAUUGACUUCCACAAAGGCCUCAGAGUCAAGACUAGAGAGAAACCUAGUUGCAACAUUUAUCUUGAUUGUGAAACAUUUUAUUCAGAGACAUCCUAUCAAUCAGGACAAUCUUAUUCACUCCCAUGGAGUUGCAACUCUUGGUACUUUACUUCAGAAGGUGCCAAGCACCUUGAUGGAUGUUAAUGUAUUGAUGGCAGUUCAGUUACUAAUUGAACAAGUAUCAUUAGAGAAAAAUAUGCAGCUCCUGCAACAAAUGUAUCAGUAUUUACUCUUUGACUUUCGUAUUUGGAACCGUGGAGAUUUUCCCUUUCGAAUUGGUCACAUACAGUAUCUUUCAACCAUCAUUAAAGACAGCAGGAGAGUUUUCCGAAAGAAGUAUGGUGUGCAGUUUCUCCUAGAUACACUUAGGAUUUAUUAUGGGAAUGGUUGUAAAUAUAAUGAGCUAUCUCUAGAUGACAUUCGAACAAUAAGGACUUCUUUGUAUGGACUAAUUAAAUAUUUUCUGUGCAAAGGUGGAUCUCAUGAAGAGAUACAAAGUCUUAUGGGGUACAUAGCUGCUACUAAUGAAGAAGAACAGCUCUUUGGAAUUUUGGAUGUGCUCUUCAGUCUCCUACGUACCAGCCCAACUAGAGGUCAGCUUUUCUUACUGCUCUUUGAACCAGGAAAUGCUGACAUACUGUAUGCAUUGCUCUUAAAUCAGAAGUACUCUGACAGACUAAGAGAGAUCAUUUUUAAGAUUAUGGAACAAAUGUUGAAAUGCACGAAUGUUUAUGAGCGUAGUAAACAACAUAUUCGACUCAGAGAAGUUGGCUACUCAGGACUGGGACUCCUUCUUAAUGAAGCACUUAUUAAUACUUCUCUUAUUAAAAACCUCACCCAUCAAAUCAUAAAUACAGAUCCUGUUAUUAAUUUUAAAGAUCUACUAUCUGUGGUAUAUAUAUCUCACAAAGCACAUAUAAAUGUUAGAGUGGCCAUCUGCAGAAAGGUUUUACACAUUUUGCAGUCCCAGCCAGAUGCAGCACAUCAAAUAUCACAACAAGUUGGUUGGCAAGACACCUUAGUUAGGCUUUUUUUAAAAGUAAAAUUUGAAAACGGAAAUACUCUUCAUAAGCACAGUAGAACUAUUUUAAUGAAAGACAAUGAUAAAAAUAUGUCAACUGAAGAUACUAAGAAGAACUUUGAUGAAAAAACAGAUGAGGAAAAAAUCACCUCUUUUGCCUCAGUUAAUGUGUCUUCAGAUCAGUGGAGUUUGGAGGAUAGACACUCUUUAGACUCAAACACACCAUUAUUUCCAGAAGAUAGCUCUGUGGGAGAAUUGUCUUUCAAAUCAGAGAAUCAAGAAGAAUUCUGGCAUAGGAACCCUUCACAUUUGAGUUUAGACCUCAGUGGAAUUGACUCAUGUGAAAUGAGUGAUAGUGGAAGUCAAGUGCCAGACAGUCUGCCUAGCACACCAUCCCCAGUAGAGUCUACUAAAUCGUUUUCUGUGCACUCUGACAAAGAAAGCAGCAUCACAAAUGAUAUGGGCUUUAGUGAUGACUUCUCUUUACUUGAAAGCCAAGAGAGAUGUGAGGAGGAGCUUCUUCAAUUACUGACACAUAUUUUGAAUUACGUAAUGUGUAAGGGACUAGAGAAGUCUGAUGAUGAUACGUGGAUUGAACGAGGACAAGUGUUUUCAGCACUGAGUAAACCAGGAAUAUCCAGUGAACUACUUCGACCUUCAGAUGAAAUAAAACUAACUUUGCUCCAAAAGAUGUUAGAAUGGGCAGUCUCAGAAAACAGAGAAGCAAAAACUAAUCCAGUAACUGCUGAAAAUGCCUUCCGACUAAUGCUGAUCAUACAGGACUUUCUUCAGUCAGAGGGACUAGUUAAUUCAAACAUGUGGACUGAGAAGCUUUUAGAGGAUUUGAUGCUGCUCUUUGACUGUCUGUCAGUCUGCUAUUCUGAAAGUCCAGUAUGGGUAAAACUCUCUCAAAUUCAGAUCCAGUUGCUUCUAGGAUUCAUUGGAAGGGGUAAUUUGCAGGUUUGUGCAAUGGCAUCAGCUAAGCUAAAUACCCUUCUUCAGACCAAAGUGAUUGAAAAUCAGGAUGAAGCGUGUUACAUUUUAGGGAAGCUGGAACAUGUUCUAAGUCAAUCAAUCAAGGAACAGACUGAAAUCUACUCGUUCCUGAUUCCCCUUGUUCGUACCCUGGUUUCCAAAAUUUAUGAACUUCUCUUCAUGAACUUGCACCUCCCUUCUUUACCUUUUACCAAUGGUAGCUCCUCAUUUUUUGAAGAUUUUCAAGAAUAUUGUAAUUCAAAUGAAUGGCAAGUUUACAUUGAAAAAUAUAUUGUACCUUAUAUGAAGCAGUAUGAAACUCAUACAUUUUACGAUGGUCAUGAGAACAUGGCACUUUAUUGGAAGGAUUGUUAUGAAGCUUUAAUGGUAAAUAUGCAUAAACGAGACCGGGAAGGAGGGGAAAGCAAGCUCAAAUUUCAGGAACUGUUUGUGGAGCCAUUUAAUCGAAAAGCACGCCAAGAGAACCUCAGGUAUAAUAAUAUGCUUAAACAACUUAGCAGUCAACAGUUAGCCACUCUUAGACGCUGGAAAGCAAUACAGCUCUAUCUUACAUGUGAAAGGGGACCUUGGGCUAAAAGGAAACAGAAUCCAAUUCAUUGGAAGCUAGCUAAUGUAGAGAAUUAUUCCCGCAUGAGACUUAAGCUGGUACCGAAUUAUAAUUUCAAAACCCAUGAGGAAGCUAGUGCCUUGAGAGAUAAUCUGGGUAUCCAACAUUCACAGCCUUCCAGUGAUACAUUGCUUUUGGAAGUAGUGAAACAAGUAAAAGUUAGUGAUAUGGAGGAGGAUAAAUUAGACCUUCCUGAAGAGGAUAUAUCAGCUAGAGUAAAUGUUGAUGAGAAAGAAGAACAGGAUCAAAAAGAAAAAUUGGUAUUGAUGGAAGACUGUGAACUCAUUACAAUAAUUGAUGUAAUUCCUGGCAGAUUAGAAAUCACUACUCAACACAUUUACUUCUAUGAUGGCAGCAUUGAAAAAGAAGAUGGAGUAGGUUUUGAUUUCAAGUGGCCUCAUUCUCAAAUUCGAGAGAUUCACCUCCGGCGUUACAACUUAAGAAGAUCAGCCCUUGAGAUUUUUCAUGUUGACCAAUCCAACUACUUUCUCAAUUUCAAAAAAGAGGUUAGAAACAAAAUAUAUAGUAGACUGUUGUCACUUCGUUCUCCAAAUAGUUACUAUGGAAGCAGAUCACCACAGGAGUUAUUCAAAGCAUCAGGAUUGACACAGAAAUGGGUAAACAGAGAGAUAUCAAAUUUUGACUACCUCAUUCAAAUAAAUACAAUGGCAGGACGAACCUAUAAUGACCUUGCACAGUAUCCUGUGUUUCCCUGGAUUUUACAAGAUUAUACUUCAGAAGAGUUGGACCUUAAUAACCCUGCAGUAUUUCGAGAUCUUUCCAAACCAAUUGGGGUAGUUAAUGAAAAAAAUGCCAAAGCUAUGCGAGAAAAAUAUGAAAAUUUUGAGGAUCCUAUGGGAACUAUUGAUAAGUUUCACUAUGGUACUCACUAUUCAAAUUCUGCAGGGGUCAUGCACUAUCUCAUUCGUGUAGAACCAUUCACCACCCUCCACAUCCAACUUCAGAGUGGAAGGUUUGACUGUGCAGAUCGGCAGUUCCAUUCUGUUCCUGCAACCUGGCAAGCUCUCAUGGAUAAUCCAUAUGAUGUGAAAGAACUUAUUCCUGAAUUCUUCUAUUUCCCAGAGUUUUUGGAAAAUCAAAAUCAAUUUAACUUGGGUCGUCUACAAGUUUCCAGAGAAUUAGUAAAUGAUGUCAUUCUCCCCAAAUGGGCUAAAUCAGCUGAAGAUUUCAUCUAUAAACAUAGGAAAGCUUUGGAGUCUGAAUAUGUUUCAGCUCAUCUUCAUGAAUGGAUAGAUCUGAUCUUUGGCUAUAAACAGAGGGGACCAGCUGCAGUAGAGGCACUCAACGUUUUCUAUUAUUGUAGUUACGAAGGAGCUGUGGAUCUGGAUGCCUUAACAGAUGAGAAAGAAAGAAAAGCCUUAGAAGGGAUGAUUAAUAAUUUUGGGCAAACACCUUGUCAAUUAUUAAGGGAACCACACCCUCCAAGAUUAUCAGCAGAAGAAGCAGUGCAGAAGCCGACCAAAAUAGACACUUCAACUCUAAACCUGUUUCAACACCUUCCUGAACUCAAGUCAUUUUUUAUAGAGGGGAUUAGUGAUGGUAUUCCACUAUUAAAGGCCACGGUCCCCAAAAAUCAGUAUCGUUCUUUUAUGUCUCAAGGCAGCCCCGAGUUACUGAUAACAAUAAGCAUGAAUUCUGUUAUUGGAACCCAUGGAUGGUUGCCUUAUGACAGAAACAUUUCUAAUUACUUUACAUUCAUCAAGGAUCAAACUGUGACAAAUCCAAAAACUCAGCGCAGUAUGAAUGGUCCUUUUGCUCCCGGGUUAGAGGUCACUUCUAAGCUAUUUGUAGUAUCACAUGAUGCAAAGUUGCUCUUCAGCGCUGGAUACUGGGAUAAUAGCAUUCAAGUGAUGUCACUUACAAAAGGCAAAAUUAUCUCACACAUCAUCCGGCAUAUGGAUAUUGUGACUUGCUUAGCUACAGAUUACUGUGGAAUACAUUUGAUUUCUGGUUCCAGAGAUACUACAUGUAUGAUAUGGCAAAUAACACAACAGGGAGGUGUUCCUGUGGGCUUAGCAUCUAAACCUUUUCAGAUUCUUUACGGACACACCGAUGAGGUAUUGAGUGUCGGCAUCAGCACUGAGCUAGACAUGGCAGUGUCGGGAUCAAGGGAUGGAACGGUGAUUAUACAUACCAUUCAGAAAGGUCAGUACAUGAGGACUUUACGACCACCUUGUGAGAGUUCUCUGUUCCUGACCAUUCCUAAUUUGGCUAUAUCUUGGGAAGGACAUAUUGUUAUCUACUCCAGCAUUGAAGAAAAGACCACCCUCAAGGAUAAGAAUGCAUUACAUCUGUUUUCUAUAAAUGGCAAGUAUCUAGGGUCUCAAAUCCUGAAGGAACAAGUAUCAGAUAUAUGUAUAAUUGGAGAACACAUUGUCACAGGCAGCUUACAAGGAUUCCUGUCUAUAAGAGAUCUCCACAGUUUGAAUCUCAGCAUCAACCCAUUAGCUAUGCGACUGCCUAUCCAUUGUGUUUGUGUAACCAAAGAAUGCAGCCAUAUUCUUGUAGGUUUAGAAGACGGCAAAUUGAUUGUAGUGGGUGUUGGCAAGCCUGCUGAGAUGCGUUCAGGUCAGCUUUCUCGAAAAUUGUGGGGAUCGAGCAAGCGGCUCAGCCAGAUUUCAGCUGGAGAAACUGAAUAUAAUACUCAAGAUUCCAAGUGACUGUUACUUCAUUUUUCUGUUAUGAUUACUGAAACCUUAUUUAUUGCUUUGUUGCUUUAACCACAUCUCUCAACUCUCUGCAAUGUUGCAAGGCUUUUAUCCCUGAAAAUCAUUUACAGAUAACCACAAUUUGCUGUGGUAUAUAAACUAAUUCUUGGUCUAUACUAAGAUGUAUUUGAGAAAAUACAUUUGAUUUGAUUUAGUGGCCUAUUCCUAAAGGUCAUUGUAUCCAUUUUUAAAACAAACCUAAAAUGAGAAAAUUAGGUUUAAAUUGCUUGUUAUUCCAAAUGAUAAAAUUUAAGAUUUUUCUAAUAAAAGAGUACAGAUAAUGGGACAGUUG